AUGCCGCAAGAAGGGGAGCCGAAUCCCACGCCGACGGAAACACCGUCGUUUAACGGGGAGUUUCUGGCCUACAUGCUAGUAUGCGCUGCUCUCGCCGUCUUCUUUCUCCUAUACUUCAACCGAGCCUUCGGUUCGCUGCUGUCGUGGGGCAUACGGACGUACACCUGGCACCGCUACCGGAUUUACCUCGAUAUCCAGGCCCUGCAGGUCUCUCUCCUCGGCGGCCGCAUAUUCUUCACCGGUUUACGAUAUCAUGGAAACAACGAGACGUUUCUCGUUCAGCAUGGCUACGUUACUUGGAGGUAUUGGCUGCGCCGCGUACGCGAGGUCGACAUCAAAGCAUCCGCGCAGCAGCAGGCCGAGCAAGCUUCCUUUGCCACCAAUGGGCGACAUUCGAACCUCCCGUGCCGAGUGACCAUGUCCUUGGUCGGCUUGGAGUGGUUCAUAUACAACCGAAGCCCGGCUUACGACAGCGUUUUGGCUGGAUUGAAGGAACCCACGACAGCCGAGAAUGUGUCAACGGCCUUCGAAUCAAAGGAAGAGACGGCUUCUCUCAGGAACCGUGGGCAGAAAGAUACAGAAAAGACGGAUCAGUCUCAAGAAGCCCCUGAAAAGGAGGCUCCGGGAGCAGCUUUGCUCUCGAGGAUUGGGAACACUCUAGGACGUCGCAACUCUUCCGCUAGUCAAACGAGUACGCCCUCGGAUGCGCAAGAGGACAGCAGCGACACCUCUCCGUCCGACUCAGACCUGCCGUUCCUUCUGCAACUCUUUCCCAUCUUCGUCACGUGCCAGAAAGCGGCCGUUGUGCUGGGAAAUGACAAUACCAAGGCGAUCUUGAUUGUAAAAGCCGACGGGCUGUCGGGAGAAAUCGAUGCCUCCAAAACAUCAACACCGGAUCCGUAUAAACAGAUCUUCAAGAUCAAGUUCCAGCAUCCGAUCGUAGAGAUGAGGGAAAACGAUGACUAUAAGGAGGACCAAGCCACUCGAGCUAGUCGGGAGAAAUUGGUCGCCGAGGAACCUAGCCCGGCUUAUAAAACGUCCUUCUUCAAAAGACAUCGACGUCGUGCGCUUGGUACGUUGAGGAAUCUGGUGCCGUACUGGCGAAAGUCGGUUGAGUCGUUCUCCUUGGGCUCUCGAAGCCCUCUCACCACAGCCGUGUCCCAGAUACCCGGUUCAAAUCACUGGCAAGGACUGGCGCGCUAUCUAGACGAGGACGAGCAAGAUGCCAGGCUGCGCUGGGCCGGUGUUGAAUACGCCGCCGAGUCCACCGUCGUGGACAGUCCAGAAGCAACGCUGACGAUCUACUGGGACGUUGUCGGGAAAGUGAGCGCGGAAGCCGCCAGGCGCCAGUCUAAAGAGACGAGUGCCGCAACCUACAUCAACGGCGACGAAGCUCCUGCCUGGGGCAUGAUUCUUGCUAUCAAGGGCGGAAUCGUAAACUAUGGGCCGUGGGCGGAUCGCCAGAGGGCCGACCUGCAGCGCGUUUUUGUUCCCAGUCUAUCCAAAGACGCUGUUCCGGCGACUCCCCUUGCCGAGGGUGCGUAUCGAGUCCCAACUCAGUUCAAAUUGUACGUCGAGUUGGAUGAGGAGGUGACGCUGCGAAUACCCAUCAGAGAAGACUCCAAGAAUUGGAGAUGGAAGGGCAAAGAGCCUCCGAUUAAAACAACUCCGCCGCAGCAGAAGCGGAAGCAGAGGAACCGGGCAAAGAAGGACAGCAAGACCGAUGCUGCGCCUGUCCGCCCAGGCGGCUGGCUCGACUUCAUCGUACCUGGAAAUUCUACAAUCUCGUUCACGAUGGACAUGCUCGCCAGCACGACGGGAUAUCAGAUGAAGCUUGAUGUCGACCUGCCCAGUACCGAGCUCGCAAGCAGCGUCAAUCAUGAACUUCUCUGGCGCUCAGGGGCUCAGCGUAUCUCUUGCGACCUGUCCACCCCAUUGAAGUGGAACUCUUUGAGGUCUUGGUACUUCAACAUCGUGGCCGACGAACUGGAACUGUUCAUGCUCAGAGACCAUGUCUUCUUGCUGAUUGACUUGGUCGACGAUUGGGCCACCGGCCCGCCGGCCGAAUACCUCGUGUUCACGCCUUUCAGAUACUAUCUCAACUUGGACCUCCGCAACGUCAAGCUGUACCUGAACAUCAACGAUGGCAACAUCAUUAACAACCCCACGGAUCUCGAAGACAACGCUUACGUCGUAGCAAAGAGCCCGUCUCUCGUUGCGAAUGUCUGCAUUCCAAUUGACAAAUACCGACCCAGCAUGAACGCCGUUUCUUUCGCUCUGGGUGCCGAGACCUUUACACUGUCACUGCAUGUUCCGCCCUGGAAUACCCAAGCCGCGUUCAUCUCAUCGAAAGAAAUCGGUCAUGGCGAAAACUUCGAAAUCGACGGCAAGUACCACUAUAACGCCACAACAUCGCCGGCUAAUAUCGACACCUUGACGCUCAACAUGGGUGUGCAGUCGCCCACGAUAACACUGUACGGCUUCCUAAUACGGUACAUCUUGGUGCUCAAGGACAACUACCUGGGCGAUUACAUCCAUUUCAAAACGCUCGAAGAGUACCAGGACCUCCUGAGGGCGAAGGAACUUAACCCUGAUGCAGAACUGGCGAACCGGCCGCCGCCCAAGAAGUCCAAUGAUCUAGACGUGAUCCUGUGUGUGAAGGUUGACGACCCGCGGAUUUUAUUGCCUGCCAACUUGUACUCGAGUCAACGACACGUUCAAAUUGAGACUGCCGGGCUUUCCCUGGAUCUGCGAUUCACCAACUACUACAUGGACUUGCAGGUCAACCUUAGCCCUCUGAAUUUGUCACUCGGAAAUACAGACUCGGGCAUGGAAACGCCAAUCAGCGCCGUAUCAAGCACGCAGCUUUUUAUUGACGGCAUCACCAUCUACGGACAUCGGCUUUUCGGACUGCCCCCAACAGAGCCGACGUACCUGUGUAACUGGGAUAUAUCCGUCGGCACAGUCUCUGGCGAGUGUUCGACUGACUUCCUAACGGCCUUGAUAAGUGGAGGUAAAGCGUUUGCAUUUGAGUUCGACGACGACGAAAACGCGCUGAUCCCGCUGUCAUCUAUUAUCGUAUACGAUGUCACCUUCCUACGCGUAGCUGUGCAGGGUGUUAAGGUCUGGUGCCACGUCGAAGAAGCGGCGUUUCUCUUCUCAAUUGGCACCAUUGACGUCAAGUUCAACGACUGGGCUCGGACGCAUUAUUCUCGACGUGCAGACAUCAAGAUACCCGACCUCCAGGUUUCGUGCGUCAACUCGGAAUCGGCCAUGAGACAUAAGUGGAAGUCUCAACAUGGUGUCGAAACCGAGGCCUUCUUUCAAGCUUCAAUCCGCGUAGCCAUUAUCGGGAGAAAGUUUCACUUUUCCGAAGAACGAAAACUGCAACAAGAGCUCAUACGUCGCGAGGACCAACGGACGGGUCGUACCGAGUUCCUUCUGCUACCUGGCGUAUUGGAUGAUAUGCUCCCCGAUCAACUUGAUCCUCCUGCCCAGGGGUUCCCUCCAGUACCCGAACCGACGGUCAUCGACGGUGCCGGUGGCGAUCAAAGAUCAUUCGACAGCAAAUCGACAUUCACUCGUGCUCCGCGUCUUCGUCAUAAGAGUUCUUUCCUGUCAAGCACUAGCUCCACCUCCAGCAACAGCAGUGUGGUGAGGCCGAGAAGCUCGGUCAGAUCGCGCGCAAAGUCCAGACAGUCGGAUCUCCUGUACCCUGACAGUCCCGAAGUCACAGGUAAACGGCACCAACGGGACAUCUCGACUUCAACUGGUCGGCACUCCGCCUUUUACAGCGCCGUCGGAGAUUUCCAACGAGAUGCGAAUUUUCAUUCGUCUGUAGCUUUCUCCAGUCAAUUUUUCACUCCGCCAUUCCCUCUUGAGAGCGUCCGACCCGACACUUCGGAAGCUGUUCUGCACAGUAUCGAAGAAGAAGAGGAUGGCUCUGCCUUUGGCUUUUCAGAGUUCAGUCUCGACGAGAUUGAACCAAGUUCAUUGGCAGAAGAUCGUGCUCAGAAUAGCAUCAUUGUCGAAAUACCUUCAGGAGUGACAGCCUUCCUCAAUCCCUCCGCUGUCCGGCACGCAUCAUUACUCAUCUCAGCAUUGCAGCCCAGCGAACCGGAGAACAUACUCGACAGCCUGCAAAUCUCUUCAAUGACGGACAUAUUUGACCAUCAAAAGAAGAAGAAGGUCGCCGGUGAGAUCACUGACGUCAUGCUCAGGGUUCCGAAAGCCAGCAUCCGGUUCCUGAACUCUUCGUCCGUUGAACGCUUCAAUCCUGGCGGAGAGGAACAAGACCAAUAUGACGUGUCAGCGUCCAAACUUUCCCUCUCUCUCCGAUCAACUGAGGCUUGGGAGAAUCCGGCGGAGCCGAUCAAGAGCAACAAAAGAAUGUCGGUCCUGAUAAGACUCGGGUCUGCAGAAAUAUCGGCUUCGGAACGACAGUCAGGCGCGGAUGAGAACCAAGCCGCGUUCAUGGCCCAGAUCGAGCGAGUGAUGCUAUCGCUGGGCUCAAAGGAUGUCACUUACAUCGACGCGGAGAUCGGCAGCAUCAAGAACAGCACAGCAUCGGAGAAGAUUGAGUAUCUCGCGUCGCUCAUACACAGGACCGGUGUUGUUGCCUCAGAGUUGGGAGAGGUACUGAGCCAGACAGUGUCUCGACACGAAGAUCGGGUCAAGCAUUUCGUAUAUAAGCUCAUGACAGACGGACAUCCCGUGGGCGAUCCAUCAUUCUUGACACGCCCGUCAGCAGUUCUAAGAUCAGCUUCAGAGCAUCUCCGGACGUAUGACUCGUGGAAGAUGGCCGCCCGACUUCGCCAGAUUUGGACGAGGAUGCCAGCAGCUUUUAGGGAUGACCUCCUCAUCAACUGUCUUUCUGGUUCAGUCUCGCCGCCACCUGAUGCCCCCCAGCGGGUUAUCGAUGCCUUCCAGCGAUGGCGCAGCUGGGAUCUCUACAACGUGGCAGGUUCUGAACUCAUCAAGAACGUCUAUGGCAAAGUUGACGUCAGCGACAAUCCUGACACAGCAGAAUUGCCUGUCAUGGCGGCGCUCCGGCUGAGAGAUGUACAGUUGCUCCUGGAUCCUGGUCCAAAGGAGAACAAAAUUGCCUUUACCGAUCUGACGACAAGAAUGGAAAAGAAAACGGUGACGUCUGCAGAGCAGCCCGCCGAGUCAGAGUUGAAACCAAAGAACAUGACCGUUCUGAACGUCUACUGUGGCGAAGCAGCUAUCAUGCUCAACUGGGAGCUUUGUGAACUUGCCGAAGACGUCUUACGUCUGUACAAUAAAUCAAGCCGGGCAGCAAAGCCUCCGAAAGAAACCAUGGCGGAAAGCGCACCACCCGACAAGGCGAAAUCCCAGGAUGCCUUUCAUGUCGUGCUGGCCGUGGGACGAGGGUCGAUAGAAGUGGACACCAUCAACCUGAGCGCCACAUCCCUCGGCCACAACUUGAAAGCAUCUUGCCUGGUUGACGGGUACGAAAAGACUGGAUCGUCGAUCAACUUCAUCUUGAGCUGCGACGCUGUGACAUCCCGGCUGCAUCACCGCUCCGAGCUUCUGGGAAUGUUUCAGUUGAGGGACCCAAGUGUGUUCAUUUCUCACGAACUCCUCGAGACAGACACCACUUCUUGCCAUACGAUCAAAUCAACAGCCAGUAGUCGCUCAUUGACCCUAGCUGUGAAGCAAGACCCCUUGUUUCUGGUGGAAGUCGUUGACUAUCUGGUCAAGGAUGAGUUGACGCAAAUACACAAACUUCAAAAGCAGCUACCAGACUCUCCGGCUCCUCGCAGUCGCAGAGAUAGCAUCAAAAUAGCCGAGCGGCUUUCGUCCUUCCGAGUCAACGUUGCUCUGUUCCUGGAUGAGUACCUUAUCAGCGUACCACUCCUGCAGUCCAUGACCUACAACAUAUCGGGCGUUGUAGCUCGUGCAGCAGUGGCCGCCAACUUUGGGAAGGAGCUCAUUUUUGACUUUGAUGUCAAGGAAAACUCCCACGAGAUCCGGAUGGAUGUCAGGAACCAGCCGCGCAGCAUCUCUAUUCUCCGCAUUCCGCCUACGAACGGCCGCAUCGUAAGUCACAUGGGCCAAGGGGAGCACUCGGUCUCUGUAUUCGGCUCCGUAGAGCUCAUGCAGCUGGACGCUUCUGCUGUUUAUAGUUUGCUGCGGGCUCUGAACCGACCGCAGAUAUCCAGUGCCGUGACUGAGCUGCAGGAGGGCACGAAGGCCAUCCAAGGACACAUCAAUGACAUGUUCGGCAACACUUCUGCCCCUACUCCCAAAGAGACUUCGCCGCCACCUUCGACAUCGAACCUUGUCUACACCAUUCAUCUUACUUUGGCUGGGAUUGAAGUUUUCGGUAAAACGCCUCUCGUGUCCGAAAAAGAUCCCACGGCAUGCCUUUCUUUCGCACUGGACCGAGUACACGUAGAGGUCGCUAAUCGUCAUGAGUCUCACGGACCCAUACUGGCACAGCCGGAGUUGCACGUCAAUCUGCGCCAGAUCUUAAUCGACGUGCAAAAGGGCAGGGACAGCGAGAUGAGAUCUUGCGGUAGCUUGGCCCUAGGAGCUCUCAUCUCAGCGAAUACACGAACCACCGAAGACGGCAAAGAGGAAAGGUCCUUCAACUUCAGAAGCGACGGACUCAUCAUCAAUCUAUCGCCAGAGACCGUCUCAACUGUCGUAGCUGCUCUGGGAUACAUGGGAGACAAGAUCAAAGACCUCGACACAUCACGAGAGCUCGAGUAUCUCCGUAAGAUUCGGCAGACGAGGCCACGAAUCGCAAUCAAUGACCAGGAGGAGGUGGAGGAGCCAGAUAUCAUUGACUCGUUCCUCUCGUCGAUCGUGUAUCGGUUUGAAGUCCGCGAUACCCAGAUAUGCUGGCUUGUUGGCGAUCCAUCAGAUGACUUGAUGCCACUCGCGGGAAGCAAGGAGGACCUGAUCUUGUCAGUCCAGCUGGUCAGCUUCGGAACACGCCAGACAAAGUCGGCCAGGCUCACCAUUGAGAACUUCCAGUUGCAAAUGGUUCCUCCCGGCCAAGACAAGAGCCUCAGGUCACUCCACUCGGCACUGCUCCCCGAAGUCGUCUUCAACAUUGCCUACGUCUCCAACCCCAACACACGUCGGAUGGCGUUCCAAGCGGUGGGCAAGUCGCUGGAUCUUCGCUUGACGUCAGGCUUCAUCAUCCCUGCUGCAAUCUUGAACGACUCCAUCGGCCUCUCGAUCAAGAACGUGCAGCGGGCAUCCCAGAACUGGAUCACGGGUACCGCCGCUGCAAAGGUCGACAAGGUAGAGAAGGUGGAAGAGCCAGCUCCGCCAGGGCGAAGCAUAUUUGGCACGAAGAGGCUGGAAUCUCUGCUAGUCGACGCUGACUUUUCUGGGGCCGUUGUCUAUGUCUCUGGCAAAAAGCCGACGGAUGUUCUCCGGGGGAAUACGAGAACUGGCAGGCCGUCGCUGGCAGGAAAAUACGGCCAGUUCAGCACGGAUGACUCGGGCAGCAGCACCGUCCUCAGGACUCCUGGCUUGGCCUGGAAAUUCGAAUAUCGCGACAGCGGUCGUGAGGACCCCUCGCUUUAUGGCGAGAUCAAGAUUGAUGCGUCGAGCAAUAUCUUGUACCCAUCUGUGGUCCCACUCAUCAUGGAUAUGACGACAAGCGUUAAGGAGGUUGUCAGCAAAGACACAGAUGCUCCGGCAGUCAAGACUCCUGCCGCAGCCAAGACCAAGCCCGGCAACGAAGAUAACAUCCUCACUGCUGACCCGAACGCCGUCAUCGGUCGCUUGAAGUUGAACCUGGGACUGCGCAUUUGCCGACAAGAGUUUUCACUGAGCUGUCAACCCAUCGCCCGCGUUGCCGCCACAACAUGUUUCGACGACAUCUACUUUACCGUCAACACGGUGCGCUCUGUGGAACAAGGCAACUUCUUCUCGAUCUCCGGGGCUUUCUCCAAGCUGCAGGCCUCGGUUCAGCAUGUGUACUCCAGAGAGUCGACUGGAAGCUUCGAUGUCGACUCGAUCGUGCUGUCGUUGAUGAAUAGCAAACACGUCAGCGGGACCAGUGGUGUGUCGGCCAUUCUCAAAGUCAGUCCGAUGAACGUCUCCAUCAAUGCCAAGCAGCUCCAGGACUUCCUGCUGUUCCGCGAGAUCUGGUAUCCCAGCGAACUUCGAAAUACCACCACAGCGCCGGUUGCCAAGCUCAACACGGAAGCAUCCCAGGGUCACUUGGUUCAAAGAUACCAGCAGGUGGCCGCAACCGCGGCUUUUCCCUGGACAGCGACAAUUUCCAUUGCCUCUCUGAAUGUCAGCGUCGAUAUGGGUCAAGCCAUUGGAAAGUCAGUGUUCGCCAUCAAAGAGUUCUGGGUCUCGUCCAAGAAGACCUCCGAUUGGGAGCAGAACCUUUGCCUCGGCUUCGAAAGCAUCGGCAUUGAUUGUACGGGCAGACUGAGCGGGUUCAUCGCUCUCAACAAGUUCCAGCUUCGAACAUCCAUCCAGUGGCCUGAACGGGAGGCGGCGCUCAACGAAACGCCUCUGGUACAAGCAUCGGUCGGUUUCAGUCAAUUCAGAGUGAAAGCCGCUUUCGACUAUCAGGCGUUCCUCGUCGCCGAUAUCACGUCCUUGCAGCUCCUCAUGUACAACGUUCGUCGGAGUCUCGAAGGCAGUGGAGACCGGCUGGUGGCCAUCUUUGACGGAGACGCGGUGCAGGUUUUUGGCACCACGACGUCUGCAGCUCAAGGUGUCGCGCUUUAUCAAGCCGUUCAGAAGCUCAUACAGGAACGACGAGCCAACUUUGAGAUGUCCCUGCAAGAAAUCGAGAAGUUCAUGAGGAGGCGGUCUUACGGAAGCUCGGCGGUGUCUCCUCAUCUGACGAGCAUGCCCAAGUUCCAAGCAGAAGACACGCUCUCCAAGUCCCCCAUCUCGCUCGACACGGACGUCGUAGUCACGCUGAAGGCGCUCAACCUGGGUGUCUUCCCCAGCACAUUCUCCGAUCACCAGGUGUUCAAGAUGGAGGCGUUGGAUGCCGAGGCAAGAUUCGCGGCCAGCAUCGAACACCGGCGCGUUCACAGCAUCUUGGGACUCACGCUCGGGCAACUGCGGAUCGGGCUCGCUAGCGUGCGGAAUAUAGAAGCACCCAAGACGCUCAGCGAGAUUUCAGUCGAGGACGUGGUGGAGAGAGCAACAGGCUCACGCGGCGGAACGAUCCUCAAAGUGCCAAAGGUGGGAGCAGUGAUGCAGACAUGGCAGACGCCGAACCGCAACCGCAUCGACUACAUCUUCAAGAGCGCGUUCGAGGGCAAGGUCGAGGUGGGAUGGAAUUACUCGCGCAUCAGCUACAUCCGCGGGAUGUGGGCCAAUCACGCAAAGUCACUGGAGCAGACCUGGGGCAAGGAGCUCCCGCUCACAGCCAUCAAGGUGACGGGUGUGCCGGACACGGAGGAGCAACAGGCGGGAGGGUCGUCGCAGCAGAAGAUCACGGCCGAGGUCAACGUGCCGCAGUCCAAGUACGACUACGUGGCGCUGGAACCGCCGAUUAUCGAAACGCCGCAGCUCAGGGACAUGGGCGAGGCGACGCCGCCGCUAGAAUGGAUUGGUCUUCACCGAGACCGACUGCCCAACCUGACGCAUCAGAUUGUCAUAGUGGCCCUUCUGGAGUUGGCCGGCGAGGUGGAAGAUGCAUAUUCUAAGAUCUUGGGAUCCUUCACGAUCGAGGAGAUCCGUGGGCUCAUGGACAAGCCCACGAACGUCCGUAACAUGUCCGUCAUUGCCCACGUCGACCACGGCAAGUCCACCCUUACCGACUCCCUUCUGUCCAAGGCCGGUAUCAUUUCCACCGCCAAGGCCGGAGACGCGAGAGCAACGGAUACUCGUGCGGACGAGCAGGAGCGUGGUAUCACCAUCAAGUCUACCGCCAUCUCCCUGUACCACGGUGUCGACCCCGAGGACGUCAAGGACAUCGCCAACCAGAAGACCGACGGCACCGACUUCUUGAUCAACCUGAUCGACUCCCCCGGUCACGUUGAUUUCUCUUCCGAGGUUACUGCCGCUCUCCGUGUCACCGACGGUGCUCUCGUCGUCGUCGACACCGUCGAGGGUGUCUGCGUCCAGACCGAGACCGUCCUGCGUCAGGCUCUUGGUGAGCGCAUCAAGCCCGUCGUCAUCAUCAACAAGGUCGACCGUGCUCUUCUCGAGCUCCAGGUCUCCAAGGAGGACCUGUACCAGUCCUUCUCUCGUACCAUCGAGUCCGUCAACGUCAUCAUCUCCACCUACUUCGACAAGUCCCUCGGUGAUGUCCAGGUCUACCCCUACAAGGGAACCAUCGCCUUCGGUUCCGGUCUGCACGGCUGGGCUUUCACCGUCCGCCAGUUCGCCGUCCGCUACGCCAAGAAGUUCGGUGUCGACCGCAACAAGAUGAUGGAGCGUCUCUGGGGCGACAACUACUUCAACCCCCACACCAAGAAGUGGACCAACAAGGGCACCCACGACGGCAAGCCCCUCGAGCGUGCCUUCAACCAGUUCAUCUUGGACCCCAUCUUCAAGAUCUUCUCCGCUGUCAUGAACUUCAAGACCGACGAGGUCACCACCCUCCUCCAGAAGCUCGACCUCAAGCUCGCCACCGAGGACAAGGACAAGGAGGGCAAGCAGCUCCUCAAGGCCGUCAUGCGCACUUUCCUGCCCGCCGCUGACGCCCUCCUGGAGAUGAUGAUUCUCCACCUGCCUUCCCCCGUCACUGCCCAGAAGUACCGUGCCGAGACCCUGUACGAGGGCCCCAGCGACGACGAGGCCGCCAUCGCCAUCCGUGACUGUGACCCCAAGGGUCCCCUCAUGCUUUACGUCUCCAAGAUGGUGCCCACCUCCGACAAGGGUCGUUUCUACGCCUUCGGUCGUGUCUUCGCCGGUACCGUCCGCUCCGGUCUCAAGGUUCGCAUCCAGGGCCCCAACUACACCCCUGGCAAGAAGGAGGACCUCUUCAUCAAGGCCAUCCAGCGUACCGUCCUGAUGAUGGGUGGCAAGGUCGAGGCCAUCGACGACAUGCCUGCCGGUAACAUUGUCGGUCUGGUUGGUAUUGACCAGUUCUUGCUCAAGUCUGGUACCCUCACCACCUCCGACACUGCCCACAACCUCAAGGUCAUGAAGUUCUCCGUCUCCCCCGUCGUCCAGCGCUCCGUCCAGGUCAAGAACGCCCAGGAUCUCCCCAAGCUCGUUGAGGGUCUCAAGCGUCUCUCCAAGUCCGACCCUUGCGUUCUUACCUACACUUCCGAGUCUGGUGAGCACGUUGUCGCCGGUGCCGGUGAGCUCCACCUCGAGAUUUGCUUGAACGAUCUCCAGAACGACCACGCCGGUGUUCCCCUCAUCAUCUCCGACCCCGUCGUCCAGUACCGCGAGACCGUCGCCAGCAAGUCUUCCAUGACUGCUCUGUCCAAGUCUCCCAACAAGCACAACCGUCUGUACAUGAUCGCCGAGCCCAUCGACGAGGAGCUCUCCAAGGAGAUCGAGGCCGGCAAGAUCAGCCCCCGUGACGAUUUCAAGGCCCGUGCCCGCAUCCUCGCUGACGACUUCGGCUGGGAUGUCACCGAUGCCCGCAAGAUCUGGACCUUCGGCCCUGACACCACUGGUGCCAACUUGCUCGUCGACCAGACCAAGGCCGUCCAGUACCUCAACGAAAUCAAGGACUCCGUCGUCUCUGGUUUCCAGUGGGCCACCCGUGAGGGUCCCGUUGCUGAGGAGCCCAUGCGUUCCGUCCGCUGGAACGUCAUGGACGUCACCCUCCACGCUGAUGCCAUCCACCGUGGUGGUGGUCAGAUCAUCCCCACUGCCCGUCGUGUCCUGUACGCCGCCGCUCUGCUCGCCGAGCCCGCUCUCCUCGAGCCCGUCUUCUUGGUCGAGAUCCAGGUUCCCGAGCAGGCCAUGGGUGGUGUCUACGGUGUCCUUACCCGCAGACGUGGUCACGUCUUCGCCGAGGAGCAGCGCCCCGGUACUCCCCUCUUCACCAUCAAGGCCUACCUGCCCGUCAUGGAGUCUUUCGGCUUCAACGGUGACCUGCGCCAGGCCACUUCCGGACAGGCCUUCCCCCAGUCCGUCUUCGACCACUGGCAGGUUCUGCCCGGUGGCUCUCCUCUCGACGCCACCUCCAAGGUCGGCCAGGUCGUCCAGGAGAUGCGUAAGCGCAAGGGUCUCAAGGUUGAGGUUCCGGGUGUUGACAACGACAGCCCGCUGCUCAAGGCAUGGCUCAUGAACAAACUGCCUGAAGUCUCUGACACCGAGACGGACAUCUUAGCGGACUACAUCUUGGCCCUGCUUGCCUCUCAGGAAGGCGACGCCGAGCAGAUCCGUGCGGCUUGCGAGGCCGAGCUGCCGCAAUUCCUCAACACAGACACUGCCCCCGAAUUUGUUGACGAACUGUUCCGAAUCAUCGAACACAAGUCCUACCUUCCCGGCGCACCUCCUCCACCCCCGAAGCUGCGUCCGACGGCGGCAAGCUUCGCUCCCCUCAAUGCGCCAACAGCGCCUUCCGACCUCCUGCCGCAAACCGGGUCGAGGAAGCGCUCUUACCACGAGAGAGGCGACGUGAGCGCGUCGGACGACCGCGGCUUUGGCUACGGUGAAGAGAGGGCGUACAAGCAACCCCGGCGGGGCCCAUGGGAUACGAGGACGUCAACCCCGAGAGGGAAUGGCGGUCCGGACGAAUAUCCCAGCCAGCCUUACGCCGCCGCCAGUCUUCAGCAACCCCCGCCUGAGGCUGGUGCGUAUGACCCGAACUAUCCCCAGCCGCCCACUGGUCCUCAGGGCUGGCGCGAUGUUCCGCCUCAGAUGCCAGUCUACCCCCAAGCCCCGCCGUACGGGCCCACCCCAGGUCAGCGAAGGAGCAGGCAGAGAUGCCGCGACUUUGCGACUAAGGGAUACUGCAGUCGCGGAAAUUCGUGCCAGUAUGAUCACGGCAUCGAGCCCAUCUGGGUGCCGCCCAGCGGUCCCAGUGGGCCUCCUCAAUUCGAGGGUUUCGAUGCUCGUGACGCAGCGAUGAUGAUGUCGAAGAACUUUCAGGCAAUGCAGCAGCUCAUGGAGGCUUUCAACGCCGAACACGGAGGUCGAUCUUCUAAGAGGGGUCGUCAAGGGACUAAGGGUCGGCGACGUCAGAAUCGAGCCUCGUUUUCAGCGGAAGGGCCUGUCCACGACAAGACGAAGACCACUAUCGUGGUUGAGAACAUUCCGGACGAGCAUUUCUCCGAAGAAGCAAUUCGCGACUUCUUCUCAGAGUUUGGCAAUAUCGAGGAGGUCUCCUUGCAGCCAAACAGGAGAAUCGCAAUCAUCAAGUACGAUUCUUGGAAAUCUGCCAACGCCGCCUACCGGUCUCCCAAGGUUAUCUUUGACAACCGUUUCGUCAGAGUCUUCUGGCACAUGGACGAAGCAGACAGGUUGGCCGCAGCAACUGGCGCAUCCAACACCGAUGGUGGUGGGGAGCAACAUCCGCCCGAGCCUGAAUUCGACAUGGAAGAAUUCCUGCGGAAGCAAGAAGAGGCCCAGAGGCUUUACGAGGAAAAGUUGCAAAAGAAGAAGGAGCUCGACAAGCAGCGUCAGGAGCUAGAGCAGCGGCAAAGGGAGCUUCUUGCGCGACAUCGCGAGGAACAGCAGAAACUCCAAGCGAAAUUGGGUUCCAAGUACGGCGGUGCGGGGGAUGACGAACCGGGCUCGCUGAACUCGGCUCUCCGUGCGCAGCUCGCGGCCCUUGAAGACGAGGCUAAGCUCCUCGGCUUAGACCCGAGCGAAACGGAUGAGCCUACACCCUGGUACGCAAGCGGUCGAGGUAGAGGUCGAGGCCGAGGCGGAUUCCGCGGGCGCGGCUUUGCUCCUCGCGGCAGAGGAUCGUACCGCGGCGGAUACAGGGGCGAUGUCCACGCAGCUUAUGCGGCGUAUUCUCUAGACAACCGCCCCAGGACUGUGUCCGUCACUGGUGUCGACUUUACAUCGUCAGGGAAGGACGAGGCUCUACGGCAACAUCUUCUCGGCGUCGGCGAGUUCACCGACAUCAACACCACUCCGUCAAAAACUCAAAUCACGUUCAAGGAUCGGAAGACGGCAGAGAAAUUCUACUAUGGCUUGUCGAACCAGGAGAUCCCUGGCGUCGACGGCCAGGUUGAGCUGUCGUGGGUGGCAACGCCUCUUGCACCGGUCAAGACUGCGACGGAAAACGGAAUGUUCAAACCGGAGCCCGUGGACCAGGAUGUGGCCAUAGGAAACGCUGCUCCUAACGGGUCUUCGGCGAUUACUCUUGACCAGCAGCCCGAGCAACAGCCGGAGAUGGAUUACGACGUCGCAGACGAUGACGAUUGGGGAGUUCAGUAG